AUGUCUAACGAAAUUCAGCCCCAGAAAGCUCCGUCCCUCAACCUGCCUAAAGUUCUUUUCGAUCUGGGUAGUCGAACGGACUGGUGGAAUCUGGUUCCUCAUGUCACCGACGUUGUAGCAAACAGAGUCCCAGGAAUGAAUGUAGAGAAGGAUGUAGUUGACAUUCUACGAGACGGCGGAGUCGAUCCGGGCAGACUGAAGGCUUUGAUCCUGAGCCAUUGGCACUUCGAUCAUUCGGGAGACUUGUCAAGACUUGCGCCGACUACGGAUGUGAUUGUUGGACCAGGUUUCAACGACAGAUUCCAGCCGGGUUGGCCAGCAAAUGAAGAUUCUGUGUUCCAUGAGGCAGACUUCAAGGAUAGGAAGGUGAUUGAGCCACCAUUCAGCGAUGACUUCAAAAUCGGUCAAUAUCAAGCACAUGAUUACUUCGGAGAUGGAAGUAUCUACAUCUUGAACGUGCCAGGCCAUACCACAGGCCACAUCUCAGCCCUAGUCCGAACAACACCCGAAACAUUCAUAUUCAUGGGCGGCGACGUCUGCCACUUCACAGGCGUUAUCCGCCCAACGAAAUACAUCCCCAUGCCCUCGAAUAUCCCACCAGAAACCACCCUCGACUCCCGCUUUGGUUCCAAUCGACCAUGCCCAUGCCUAACAUUCACAAAAUGUCACCCAGACCAAUCCAGUUCGCGCACUACACCUUUCUACCAAUGUUCCACAGGCGAACAUUCCUGGUACGACGAUCCGAAAACCGCAAUGGUGUCCAUCCGAGCCCUGUUCGAAUUCGACGCAGAUCCCAACGUGAUUGUGAUUAUUGCUCACGAUAAUGCACCUUUGGUUGUACUAAAGGACAAGAUGUUCCCGAAUGGUGGGGAUAUUAAUGAUUGGAAGGAACAGGGGUACAAGGAGAAACUGCAUUGGGGUUUUGUGAAUGAGUUGCCUGCUGAAGGGGUCCCGCCGAGAGAGACCUUGACGGAUGGGUUGUAUAGGAGUGGCAAGAGGAUUAAGGAUUUGGCGUUCAAUCCUGUUUGAUGGGAAAGGUGGUUGAUCGGGUGAUCGAGAUGAGAUGUUGAUGGGAAAUUUUUGAUCGUAUGUAGACCUCUUCGAAUUCUUGGAUGUGGCUCUUG